AUGGCCUCACAGGGCACUGUAUCACGAAAGCGAGCAUUACUUAUUGGCAUCAACAAUUAUAAAUUAUAUCCAUUAGAAUAUUGCAUUUAUGAUGUCCAAGAUUUUGAGAAGACUCUUAAAAUUAUCGGAUUUACUGUAACAACAAAAACCAAUCUUAAAUUAAAAGAAUUUGUGCAAGCUGUAAAAGAAUUUGCAAAUGAGCUUCAACCGAAUGAUUUAGCAAUAUUAUACUUUGCUGGUCAUACCCGAUCAAUUCAGCGCGAGAAUUCUUUGGUGUUGUUGGACGGUACAGUUCCAUUGGAAUUCAUAAUUCAACUGAUGGAGAAAAAGGAUCUUAUCAAAAUACUCAUUAUAGAUGGCUGCAGAAAAGUUAUGAGCAGUGUACACGAUGAUUCUCAGCAAAAGUUAACAGAUCCAACUGCCUCGUCACAAAUACUAAUAGCUUAUUCAAGCUUUUCUGGUACAGGAACACUUACUGAAACAGAAAAUCAUAAAAACGGUCAUUUUAUGGAAAGUUUGUUAAAACAUAUUACAACUGCCAAUGUUGAUAUUCAAGACAUAUUUAAAAUUGUGGCUAAUGAUAUUCUUUCUAAAACCAAUGGUUUAAAAACAUUACGUCAUAGCAAAGAUUUCAUGCGAAAAGUCUUCUUGGUAACGGAUGAUGUUCAAGAUUCUAACAAUGAUCGAAGAUAUCAGCCUCAGCCGAAGUCUACACCACAGAGCCCCCAUGAAUCGAAUUUCGUAUAUCCGAAACCAGGCGAAAUCAAGCGAUCAAGUAAUGAAGAGGAUCCUAGGAACGAUUUUUCAGGUAGUCUCUAUUCUUCUCGCAAGUCACAAGCGGUGGCUACUUUUGAUGAAAAUAAUUCGUUCGAUUCGCCACGUAGUGGAGAAGGCAGUUCCAAACCAAAAACCAGACUUCCUGCAUCUUUUAGUUUGCAACAAAAUGUAGAUAAUAAUGAUCGAGAUGGACGAGGAGCACAAAUUAGAGCUACAGAAGGUGCUCAUUAUUCACCCGAUGCAUACCAAAGACAAACGCCAAGAAAGCCACCGAGAGGAGCAUAUCCAAGUGAAAUGUUUGGCGUUGACCAGCACACUAAAGAAGAUGUACGCCAUCUUUUGGAAUACCUAUCGCAGAGCCUUCCAAUCAUGAACAAGCAAGGUCCUAUGAGUGGCAAAUGUAUUCGCGAAACAGAUCAGAUGGAAAACUUUCUUAAGCAAGAUUUUGGUUUUCAUAAUAUUGCUGGACAAUAUAUCGUCCCUGGUGUACGUGCAUUUCAACUAGCGGAACCUAUUUCAAAAUUAGAUCCUGAACGAGUAAUUUAUUUUCCUCAUUAUCAGUAUCACAGUCCAUUCGUCAUGACUGUAGCCGAAAUUCUAAAAUGGCAAGAUUCUUAUGUUGUGUAUGCUGAUGGAAAUGUUCCAGGAAUAAAAAAAGAAAUUCUUCAUCGUGCUCUUCAGGGAAAGAGUAAACAUGGCAAUGAAGCUUUUCUUAUGAAGUUCGUCAUUCGUAUUUCUGAUUGCCCCAUCCUGAUGAAAUUCGAUGCAAAGAUACUACGACGUUCUCUCAAAGACGAGUGGCCAAACCGAAUCAAACUCGUUUCGGUGACAGGUAUUGACUUUGCCGGACGAGAACAUGAUGUCGAUGAUGUUACAACUUAUAUCAAAAAUUGGAAACAAGUUUUCGAACUUGACCCGAGAACAGGCAAACCGAAAGUGUUUAAUGGAAGAGACUUUUAUCCAUUGCGAUUUCAUCCAGAGGUUCAACUCGAUGAAGAACGUCUGCUUAGUGAUCUCAAAAGAAUGGUAAGAAUACGAUUGAGCGCAUGUGACAUGGAAGGAGUAGAAGUCGUUGUGGAAACAGGUAUUGGUCUUGGUGUAUUCGCUGGUAAGCAUCUUGGAAUGGAUGGUCGAAUUCGAAAACUAUCUGCAUUUGCCAUUCGCCAUGUGCUUCAAAAAGACGGAGCCACGUUUCAAAAGAUCCGCGCUAUUGUCUUUGCUUUACCUAACUUUGCAAAAGACAGAGAUGGUCGUCAACUUCCAGAUACCUAUAAUGAUUUUGUUCAUGAAUUUACCAGAAGUAACUAUUCUGGACCUAUACCUGUUCUUAUCGCUGAUCAAGAUAUGCAUGAAUUAACUGUAGCUAUCGCUUUUCAAAGAUUUCGUGUUUCUCAACUAAAUCCAGCUGAUUCACAUGGUGUGUUUGGUGAAUAUUGGCAAAAUCAUGGACCGGCAGUCGAAGAGAAACUCGCUUUAACUACGCUUGGUCUACUGGUUCAACAUCACCUGAUCAAUGAUAAAGUUCUCGAUCAAAAUAGAUAUAAGAUAAUCUAA